AUGGUUAUUCAUCUUUCACUCACUCUCUGCUUCUAUCUCCUUUUAGCCAAGUCUGUUCUUGCCUUGCCUGCCGCCGACACCGGGCUUUCCAGCGAGCCAUAUGGAAUCCCCUCACACGACCUCCCCACCCGUGCUGUAGACACUCUGGAAAACAUCCUACCAGACACGUUCACAGACCCGUCCCAGAAGCAGGACUUGGGUGACCUUUUCGAGAAUAUCGAUAGCCAAGAGAAUACACAGGAAUCACAUAGUCUUGCACAAAGGACGUCGUUUCCAAUAACUUCAAGAGCUUCAGACAUGGAGUAUUUUUGCUCGCCAAAUAGUCCUUGGAUUGUUGGGGAUCUAUUGUUCAAAUUUAAGGUCCAACAGUUUUGCAUGGGUCAUCAAUUUGAUAAAUUACAGCAGAGCACCUACAGGGGCUUCACGAGGAAGUACAUCUUUUCAUAUUUCCCUGGGCCAGGGAGUUGCUCUGCUGCUGAUUGCCUAGAUGCGUACAAUAAGGGGUGGAAGAAAUGCACUAACUUAAAUGAUCAACACGCCCGUGUCGGCUCUAUCAUGCCAAGGAAAUGCGGCACGUUCAAUUGGUCGAUGACCCCGUUAAACGGGAAGAGUCGGAGGUCGAAAGCCAUCUCCCCCAGAGCCUUCAAGGCUUCGACGUUGGUGGGAAAACCUAGAUAUGCGAAAGGAACAUGCUCAUUCCAUCUCAUCGAGACCUACAAGUGCACCAAUCCCGCUCAGCUGUAUGCUUCGAUCAAACUGUUGGAUAAUAACAAGGUUGUCGUUGGUCAAACAGAUGCUAAGUUGAACAAGGGACUAGGCCCACAGAUCAAUGGAAAGUCGCCUUUCGAAAUGACAAGCAAGCUGCCGUACGUGCUUCUCGUCAAAGCCAAGAACGAGAAUGAAGUGCAGUUCGAUUAUGGCGGGUCUCACUGGAAUAGCAGAACCAAGUCUGGGUCUGCGAACUGCGCUCAGGGAGGGUGGGAUCCGAGGGGGUUAAGCGCGAUGUGCCUCAUGGGUACCCACCCAGACCUAGGGCACCGCACUCGACAGAUGGAUUGCUCGUUCCCUUGUUGA